GCGCUAAUGCUUUUCCCCCAAUUGUGAACUCGUCGCAACAGUUAAUGAAGAAGAGCACAUUCGCCUGUUAGGGCGAAGCUGUCGUUGAAGCUCGAGAAUCAAUAUUUAAUAACAAAUAUUUAUUGAAGUUUAACUCCUGUGCAAUUGUUACCUAUUAAUAUUACACAUACUAGUAGCUAUUAGCAAACCUUAACUGCUUUCCCUGGGAGUUCCAAAGACUGUGGCGUUCCAGAGAAGCAAUCAGGUUCAGUUCGGCUAAGCUAACCUAGACUAGGCUAGGUGGCUAGCCGUGGAGCUAAGCAGAAAGAAUGGAUCUAUUUGACGACCUGCCGGAGCCAACUCAGGCCGGUCAACACCUCUCAGCGGCUGUUGCAGUCCUGCCACCAUCCACCAAAGAAGAGAAGUGUGCCAAACGAAAAAGAGAGGAUGAAGAGUGUCCCACGGUUCGAAACGAAGAGGAAGAGGAGAACAAGAAAGUUUGUAGAGAAGGCCUCCCCUUGCUGAGAGGCUAUGUGGCGGCCAGGCGUGGCGAGCGUGAUGAGAUGCAGGAUGCUCACGUGUUGUUGCCCGACAUGAGCCCCUGCUUGGCGGCACUCCCCAGUCAAGUAUCUCAGGUGUCGUAUUUUGCCGUGUUCGACGGCCACGGUGGGGCUCGAGCAUCUCGGUUUGCCGCGGAGCAUCUUCAUCACACCCUGGCGAAGAAGUUUCCCCAGGGUGAAACUGACAACCUGGACAAGCUCAUUAAAAAAUGUCUCCUGGACACUUUCCGCCAAACAGACGAAGACUUUCUGAAGAAAGCGUCCAGCCAGAAGCCGGCAUGGAAAGACGGCUCCACGGCGACGUGCAUGCUCGUGUUGGACGAUGUGGUCUAUGUAGCCAACCUGGGAGACAGCAGGGCAGUGUUAUGUCGGAUGGAAGCGGAGGGAGGAGCCACAGCCACACUGGCGCUCAGUAAAGAACACAACCCGACGAUCUACGAGGAAAGGAUGAGAAUCCAGAGAGCGGGAGGCACCGUCAGGGACGGCAGGGUGCUGGGCGUCCUUGAGGUGUCUCGCUCCAUUGGAGACGGUCAGUACAAACGCUGCGGCGUCAUAUCCACACCUGACCUGAGGAGGUGUCAACUGACGUCCAAUGACAGGUUCAUCAUCUUGGCGUGUGACGGCUUGUUCAAAGUAUUUUCUGCCGAUGAAGCUGUCAAAUUUGUACUCGACAUCUUUCAGGAAGGAGGUGCUGACCAGAAGUUGAUGGACAAGGAGGAGCAGUUUGAGGCUGCUUGCCAACAGUUGGCCAGUGAGGCGGUUCGACGAGGCUGCGCUGACAACGUCACCGUCAUUCUGGUUUCUAUUGACUUCUGAACACACACACACAAACACACUGUACAAAUUAACUUUGUUUUCUAAUAAAACACUUUUCUUUA